ACUAACGAAAGGAGGAGAGUCUAGUGGAGAAGUUCUGCGGUUGGCGGAGAAGAUGCUAACAGUUGACAGUGAACAUACCAUGCCAGCGCGCGCUUCCUUUUUUGCCCCCAACUAACAAAUUAACGGACACGUGUAUAUAACGGUGAGCGUCCUGGCUGGACAGUCACAAUAGCAACCUGACUCGAGGCGUUAGUUACUUCUCCUCGGUAGUGCGGGACAGACGGCAGUACCGCUCAUUGGUGGCCGUUAAGUUCUCAAUUUUGGAUAUCUGCAUUGCACCACUUCUGUGAAAUAUUAAUUACCAUGUUAGGCAUCAGUCUCUUGCUUCAGUUUCGAAGAAACGUUUUUCUUCUUUUGUUACAAGUGUCACAAUCUUAGUAAUUACCUGCAGACUUGUGAGAGACAUUCAUUUACCGUGUAGCGCCCAUUACAAGGAAUUUUACCUGUAUUCUUUGAGUUACGUUGUUUUAUUGUGCAACAUGAAGGAGGAAUUUUUAAACGCUGAUGUAACUCUUUACUCAUAAACGCCUUCAGAUGACACACAAGUUCUUCAUUGCAGUAGUAAAGUUCGUGUAGAUACCUUGGUAUUUCUUCAUCGGGAAAUGACAGGAGAUUCUAAACAUUAACAACAACCGUACCGAAUGGAGGCGCCUAUUUGGAGUGAACUUGUGAACUGUGUGCACCUGUGGUUAUUGUGCGCGUGUGUAGCAUGCCCCCAAUAAUUGUUUGACAACGUGCCGGAAAGCAUCUCUUCUGUACCAGCUGUUGUAGUGCAAUGUUGGGAACAGGUUGAACCUUGUGGAUUUGUUUAAUAAUGAAAACUGGUGGCAGAAUUCGGUAUUCAGUGUGUAAAUACAAACGAAGAAGCUUUAUUUAAAUCGUAUCUAGCUGCUAUUGUUGCGCAAUUUUUAGUGAUAACAGAGAAGAACAAAUAAAAGGGACAUUAAGAAAGAAUAGCUAAGAGUAGAACUAUUUGUUUACUUGGUGUAUUAAUACGCGAUUGCAGAACAAUGGCAGAUGCUCUGUACCCAACUCAACACAACUUCACGGUUUAUGUAACGGAGGUGGACGAUGUAGCAGUAAUACCCGAAGUAGGGACGAGAUAUAGUGAGGAGGAGUACGAGAAGUUUCUGGCAGACAUCUGGGUAGGCGUCGUGCUCACCCUGAUGGUGCUUAGCUGCGUCUGUUGCGUUUGUUCCUGUCUCCUAUACCACAAAUUCCAGCAGUGGAAGAGAAGUGUUUUGGAAUCUCGCGCGCACUCGAUGGCAGCUGGUGGCGUUACUGGUGGUGACGUCGAAUCUUUACCAAGUUAUACUGUAGUGUCAGGACUCCCAACAUAUGAUGAAGCGCUGGAACAGAUGCGGCAAGUGCGUGAAUUGCGAACUGAAAUGAAAAUUGUGGAAGCACAAACACAAAAUACGCAAAAUAACGGUGCCAACAGUGACAGUAGACAUCAACAACCAUUGGCCAAAUUAGCAGUUACGGAAUUUACGCAGUACUAUAAAUCUCCAACAGUAAACUGAACUAAUGUAAUUAAUUGGCGUGGAAAUGUAAUGCAAGGGGCAGAAAAGUGUUGAUAAAAUUUAUUUAUUGUGAUUCAUUUAAAUGCACUUCCUGUCAUGUCUAUCAUGUUCGAAUUCGCACGCAUUCAGAACCUGAAGCAUAAAAAUAAAGCCGUGGGCGAGUUUGAUGUGUGUGAAGAAUGAAAUUUAGUAUAAGGGCACUGAAUUAUGAAGUUGUAUAUUAAGCUGACAGGUCAAGACAAACAAAAUUUCUCAUUAUGUGCAUGUAACCGCACGUCAAAUAUCUGCCAUGAGAGCUAAAACGAUCUUAUAGGGCAUAUGCAAUAGAAUGCUUUAGAAAUAUUCUUAAACGGAAAUUAGAAAUCAAUCCGUUGUGCUAUGGAGUGUGUUGUAUGGGAAUGCUACUGUCUUGUUCUAAUGUUUAGGGAAUUAUUAUGCCUAUAUUGGCAACAUGUAGUGCAGAAGUGUUUUCACGUGUUCAAGUAGCAAAAGUGAGCUGAACGUAGCGGAUCCGGUCGCAGGAUGUCUUUGAACUGGUUGUGCUUAUAUGUAUUAUAUUUGUUGGGUUAGAAUUUCAAUCGAUUUAUUCGAUUGUGCAAAUUAAUUUCAACUGUACUGCGUUUAUGUCAGUAAAUAAAGCAUUUAUAUAUAUAUAUAUACAGACAUAUAUAUAUGUGAUGCAUAUGUAUUAUGAUUCUAUCCUAAAUGAAUACUUCAUUGGUAUGGCAGUGAAAGUGAAUUGAAAUUGGGUUUCGUUAGACUGGAGGACAUAGGAAUGAACACUAAUCGAAUGGACGAAAAGUAAUAGAACCAACGAAUAGUAUCUGGACCGGUCUUAUUACACGGAUUAGAUUUACGAAGUGUCAGAUUUGAAGCAGGUACGUUUAUACAGAAGUUUUGUACCUUUUCCUAGACUUCAUUGGUUGUGUAAUGUUGCUUUUGAGAUUAUGGAAUGUGAAUUUGAGAUAUAAAUUAAAUACAUGAUAGUGAUCUGCUUUAUCUGUUUGUCUUCGCCGUUACAUUUUAAGUACAACUCAGUGGCUUUGGCAAAGUAGGUUAAACGUAUAGAAUCACAUAACUUCCUUUUGUAGAAUACUCAGUGCAAGGUUGAAGAUACCAAGCUAACAAUGGGCAGUACACAGCUGUACAGCUUGACUUGGGGAGAAUUUGGGACUUCCUUGGUUUCUGCGGUUCAGUUACUGCGCUGUCAUGGUGAUCUGGUGGAUGUCACUUUGGCAGCAGGGGGCCGUAGUUUCCCUGCUCAUAAGAUUGUAUUAUGUGCUGCAAGCCCCUUCCUACUUAAUCUUUUGAAGAGCACGCCUUGUCAGCAUCCUGUGGUAAUGCUAGCAGGAGUUACAGCAUCAGAUUUAGAGGCUCUGCUUGAGUUUGUGUACCGUGGUGAGGUGAGUGUGGAUCCUAACCAACUUCCCUCACUUCUACAGGCUGCCCAUUGCCUCAAUAUCCAAGGGUUGGCUCCAGGCACAAUUAGUGGCGAGAAACCGGAAGAUAUGAAUACAGUGCCAUCUGCACAUGAGGCUCUGACAAGGGAUGUAAUAAAUUCAUUCCUGCCAAUACGUAGGCGGAAACGCACUAAGCGAAGGAAUUCAUCAGACACACACAUCGUAUUACGUCAGUCAACUCUGGUUACUCACCGACAGAAAACAGAAACACGCGAAAAGAGGAAAAGCUGCUGGGAGUACCCAAAAGGAAAAUAA